UCUUCCAAACAUCAUCAAAUUCCAAAUCCAUCAAUCAACACCUUCUACAACUUAGAAUUCCAUCCUACCUUAAAUUUACACAUACAAAUGGCAGUUUUCAAGCAUUUUUCACGCUUCCUUCCAUUUCUAGCAAUUGCUUUGGCUGUUCUGACAAUCACGGUCCGUGGCCAGGUUCAAUCCCCUUGCACGGCUUCUAUGCUCUCGACUUUCACCUCUUGCAUGAACUUCAUCACCAACAGCACCGCCAAUGGAACGACGCCAACUCCAGCCUGUUGCAAUUCCCUUAAGUCCCUCAUGAGCAACGGCACAGGCUGUCUGUGCCUAAUUGCCACCGGAAGUGUCCCUUUCCAAAUACCCAUCAACCGGACCCUGGCCAUCUCCCUGCCUCGCGCUUGCAAUAUGCCCAGCGUACCUCUCAAGUGCAACUCCUCUGCCGCUCCAAUUCCAGCUCCAGGCCCCAUUGCAUUUAGUCCAACUAUGUCCCCUGGGGCUCCUUCUCUAAGUCCUACAGGUUCUACUGUGCCCACACCAGUGUCACCGGCAUUGGCACCGGGAACUGAUACAACUUCUGACCUCACUCCAUCUCCUCCAACCGUGGCAUCAGAUGCUCCAACUUCAAAUUCAGGGAUUCGGCCAGUUGUCACCCCGUCAGCCACCGAGCCAUCUCACAGUUUUUCACUUUCCCUGCUGAUGGCUCUGUUUGGAGCUAUGGCUCUGAAGUACUUCUACUAGUUUGCCAUUUUUAGUUGCUCUAUAUGUGUAGUAGUUAUGCAAUUGAGAUAUAUUCUUUUGGGGUGUGAAAGUAUUGUUUGGGUUUGUUCAGACAGUUGAGAGAUAUUGAUGAAUUAUUUGUUGAAUUAGCUUUGUAAUAUUAAUGUCCUAGUGAAAAAAAAAAAAAAAAAACUUGGGUUUUUUCUUUACAAUUAAA